AUGUUCUGGCAAGGUCCUUAUGAGGAGACGCCACCUUGGAAGAACUGGCCGGGCGCUCACCUCCCGAAGAGAGCGCACCCUCCCGGCACAACGUACAGCCAACGCGGUGUUCCUCAAUACCCACUUGGAACGACCUGCAAAGACCUGGGCGAGCGAGACCCAUACUUCCCACUCGAUUGGCGUCUUCUCCUCCUUACCUUGGUAACCUUCCUCCUCUACAUCGUCUGGCCUCUCUACGUGCUCAGACACCUCAUGCGUAAGAAGUCGAUCUAUGGCGACCAAGAGAUCUACGAGGCCAACCACGACAAGUUCAAGUAUGGCGAAAAGCCUGCCCAGCACGAUGGAAAGGAAAGCGCCGAGGAGUGA